CACAAAGCAGUGAGGGAAUGCAAAACAGUUAUGUCUUUAUCAUCUGAGAUGGAGAAGAAUUCCACCGAAGAUGACUGUUUGGACUCUGGAGCAGAGACGGCAGGGUCUGACUACAGCCCCAUGUCUUCUGGCAGCAGUGAGCGCUCCAUGAGGGAGUUUCAGGACCCCUUCCGGGUCUGCAUCCACAUCAUCACUGACCCAGGUCGGGCCAGACCUCUUCAGCGGGCAGCAGACACCCUCCUCUCCUGCAUCCACCCAGAGCUGCAUCUGUUUCGCGUGUCCGAACGGGGCGCCUGGCAACUGCGACCUAAGCCGCCCGUCUACGGUCCCCCCUCCGCCCACCAGAGGGCGCUGCCUGCCCAGUCCGCACUGGCUGUCAUCCUGUUCCUCCACGAGGAGUACGGGGGAGAGGAGCCCAUCCUGCACCUCCACCAUGCCCUCCGGCACCCACCCUGGCGCUACCACCACACCGAGCGAGUGAGGGGCCGGCUCCUCCCCUUGGCCCCCAGCAGCCAGGACUUCUUCACGCUGGCACCAGGAACGCCCCUAUGGGCCGUGCGCCAGGUGCACUAUGGGAAGGAGGUGGUGCGCUUCACUGUGUACUGCCGGCACCAGAGCUUUGGCGACAUGGUGAGGAUGUAUGGUCUGCUGCUACGCCGCCCGCUGGCCCAGCGCAAGGAGGGCUUCUGCCUCUUUGUGGUGUACUCAAACCCAGAUGCCGAGAUACAGCUGUCCCUAAAGAGGCUCCCCCGGGGCCAGAGCCCCAUUCCUGCUGACUCUUCCGUCAUGGAGUUCCGUGUGCGGGAUGUUGGGGGGCUGGUGCCCCUCCUGCCCCAUCCCUGCACCCUCAUCAGUGAGGUGCGCUGGCAGACCGAGGACUACGACGGGAACAAGAUAUUGCUGCAGGUUCGAGGCUCAGCCCAGUGCAGACGCAGGCAUACCAUUGGCCAGUUCAAUGACCUGCUGGAAAACUCACUUACGCCAUCGUCCUUCCCACCAGACCCCGCCGUUGCUCCCCCAUAUGGGUGUGGCCCGCCCUCCUACCGAAACCGCCGCUACUGCCGGAACUCAUCCCGCGCCCGACACCCGAACCAGACCCGGCUCUCCCAGCCGGACCUGGCUCUGGCCUGCCAUAAGGCCCAGGCCAACCAGCGCUGUGAACCGGAGGCCUCUCGGUCCUGGUGGUCGGGCGUCCGCAGUCGCUCUCUCUUCUGCCUGCCCACCUUGAGCAGGGCCUGCGCCACCCCCUCCUCCCCCUCCCCUUCAUUCUCCCUCUCCCGCCGCCCCUCCUUCCUCACGCCGCCAUUUCGGCUCAACGUGGACACACUGGUGGGCGCCGAGGAGACCGACGUGGAUACGGGUCUGAAGAUGGACAGCAGGGCGGUGGACCUCUCUGUGGUUUCAGCGUACUCCGGGCCUCUCCCGGCCCCACCCCACCCGCAGGAAAACCCUGCUCUGCUGUGGAACGGCCGCUCCUCUUCAGCCCAGCCCCUGGUUCAGUACCGGCCUCGGCCCCACAGUGCCUGUCCCGCGGGCUCCGUGUGGGACGGAGGGAACAGAAUAUGGGCAGAGGCCAACGGUCACCAGGACACGCCUGCAGAGGAGGAACAGGAGUUUUACAUAUGA